CGUAAUUUGACAUCCUUCCCAAUUUUGAAAGCAAGAAAGAAACAAAAUCUCACCUCUGUGAAGGUUGAGAGUAAACCUUUGGUUCAAGCCCAGAAGCCACCUUCUAAAGUCAAGAACCUCAGAAUGACCCGAUUCUUGCAUAAGGUAGGAAGUAACACAAACACCAGCAUUACAUCACUCCCUUUUGUGGACACCAAGGGGAAGAAGAACAUGGUCAACUUCCCACACAUCUGCAAUAAAGUCUUGCUGAAGCCAUCCCUGCUGUAUCAGGAGAAACAAACUCACAGUCAGGUAUCAGUUUCUGAGCUCAAGACUUCAGAGCUACCUUCCCAUGCCAGUAUUAAAACUCAAGAUCACAAGCUAAAGGAGAAACCACUAACGAAGCACAAAGUGCCUCUAACAGCAGCAGAGGCCCUAAAGUUUUUUAAGAAACAGCUCUCUUCCUAUGAGCAAAGUGAAAUCCUGGGCUACACAGAGCUAUGGUUCCUGGGACUUGAAGCUGAGAAACUCCACGUGGCUCCAGAGAAAUUCAGCAAGACAAGUUUUGAUGAUGAACAUGGCUCCUACAUGAAGGUCCUGCAUGACCACAUUGCCUAUCGCUACGAGGUUCUGGAGAUGAUUGGGAAAGGGUCCUUUGGACAGGUGGCCAAGUGCUUGGAUCACAAAAACAACGAGUUGGUGGCUCUGAAAAUCAUCAGGAACAAGAAGAGAUUUCACCACCAGGCCCUGGUGGAGCUGAAGAUUUUGGAAGCUCUCAGAAGGAAGGACAAAGACAAUACCUGCAAUGUGGUGCACAUGAAGGACUUUUUCUACUUUCGCAAUCACCUCUGUAUCACCUUUGAACUCCUGGGAAUCAACUUGUAUGAGUUGAUGAAGAAUAACAGCUUUCAAGGCUUCAGUCUGUCAAUAGUACGGCGCUUCACCUUUGCUGUUUUGAAAUGCUUACAAAUGCUUUAUGUAGAGAAAAUCAUUCACUGUGAUCUCAAGCCAGAGAAUAUAGUGCUAUACCAAAAGGGCCAAGUCUCAGUUAAAGUUAUUGACUUUGGAUCAAGUUGUUAUGAACACCAGAAAGUAUACACCUACAUUCAAAGCCGGUUCUACCGAUCCCCAGAGGUGAUUCUGGGUCACCCCUACAAUAUGGCCAUUGAUAUGUGGAGCCUGGGCUGCAUCAUGGCAGAGUUGUACACAGGCUACCCUCUGUUUCCUGGGGAGAAUGAAGUGGAGCAGUUGGCCUGCAUCAUGGAGGUGCUGGGCCUGCCGCCAGCCCACUUCAUUCAGACGGCUUCCAGGAGACAGACAUUCUUUGAUUCCAAAGGUUUUCCUAAAAAUAUAACCAACAACAGGGGGAAAAAAAGAUACCCGGACUCCAAGGAUCUCACAAUGGUGCUGAAAACCUACGACACCAGCUUCCUUGACUUUCUCAGAAGGUGUUUGGUAUGGGAACCCUCUCUUCGCAUGACCCCUGACCAGGCCCUCAAGCAUGCGUGGAUUCAUGAGUCACGGAGCCUCAAACCCCGGUCCAGGCCUCAGACCCUGAGGAAGGCCAGUCUCAAUUUCUCCUCAGAGGGAAAAAAGAACAAGGUUCAGGGGCACCACCACUCGGACAAAAAAGACGAAGCCACCAAAGAAGAGUUUGUAAACAAAAUAAGAGAUGUAGGCACUUUGAAGACCAUUCAGAACACCGGUGAUCAGCCAGGCUCUCUCCAGCAGUGGGCUGACACAGUGCAGCUGCCCCAUCUAACAGAGGCUCCCAAAAAGCCGGAAGCAGUUGUUGGGUCAGAGCAGUCUCUGCCCUCCACAGGAGAUCAAAGCAAGAAUUCCUCCCCCAAGAACACUAACAUUUUACCACCUAUUGUAUGA